CCUGCUUUUCAGAGUGACCGCGGCCGAGUACAAGACGACACUUCUUACCGUCAGGACGCAGAGAAGCGAACGCGCAAUCUACAAUAAACAAGUUCUUCCACCUUUAGAAGAAACAAUACAAACAGUCCAAAAUGGAUAAUCAAACCGGUUUGUCAAUUUUGAGUGCGGUACUCGACAAAAUGUCGUACUCAAACCAAAUAUCUGGACAAAACAAAUCAAACGCAACUGACGUCCGGGAUCUCCAUAAAUAUUUAAUGGGGGGAUGUAACAAAAGAGACAAGAGUGCUUUAGACUUCUUACACAGCCUAUCUCUCACACUUGGUCUACCACAUUUAAGUGUAACAGCUGGAGUUGCAGCGUCACCUGCUGGAGGAUCAUCAUCGUCUAGCAUAGAUUUGACACCUUCAUUGCUGGAUGAGCAAUUUCAUUACGAUUUCACAAACACUUCUGAUAACGGGGUAGAGUUUUUUAGAGGAGGGUCGAUCUACAUACGCCCAUGCGGAUGGCAACGAUACGCUUUAAAAGUCAAAGGAAAGUACCCGGACGAUAUUUGGCUAGAAGGGAAAACACCUCGGGCUGACCAAUACUCUUCCGCUGAAGACGAAUGGCCAGUGUCCUACCACGGAACUUCUUACCACAACGGACUUUCAAUCGCUAGCGAAGGAUUUAAAUUGAGUAAAGGAACGCGUUUCAAGCACGGCAAAGGAAUUUACUCGACUCCUGAAAUAGAGGUGGCGGCCCAAUAUGCUGAGGAAGCAACGGUAAAUGGAAAAAUUUAUAAAGUUGUCAUGCAAAAUCGUGUCAACCCCAAAAAUGUAGAAAAAGUUCCCAAAGCUGAAACUGGUGUGGGUGAAUAUUGGAUUUCACCCACUGAUGACGACAUUCGCCCUUACGGAUUUUGUGUUCGAGAAGUUGACAGUGACUCCUCUAAAUUCGUUUUCCUCCCUAAUGUUUGUAUUUUACAGUAAUGAUUUAAUUUUAUACUAAGAGAUAAAAUAAACGACAAAAAAAACAACACC